GAAUUAAGAGCAAGGUAUCGCUUUGGAAAGGAGUCUAUAGAGUAUAUUACCGACCUUUUGGCAGAUAAUCUUCGUCGUAAAACCAACCGCAAUCAUCCUCUCUCCGCUCUCCAACAAGUCCUCAUUGCUUUGCGCUUCUACGCAAGUGGCAGCUUCCUUCAAGUGGUGGGAGACACCGUUGGUGUUGACAAGUCGACAGUGUCACGAGUGGUGGCAAAUGUAUCCCUGGCACUUGUUGCUAGACAACAAGAGUAUGUCAAGUGGCCAAGACAACAGCAAGAGCUGGGCAGUUUAAAACUGCCUUUUACCAGCGAGGACGAUUUCCCUGCGUGAUCGGAUGCGUCGAUGGCACGCAUAUCCGAAUCCAAGCGCCCAACAAGAACGAGAACAGCUACGUGAACCGUAAAGGUUUCCACUCUAUCAAUGUCCAAGGCAUAUGUAACCACGAAGGUAAUCGAUGCUUUUAAAAUCAUUUCUUACAUCUUGGUAGACUGUUGCAUUUUCAGAUAACGUCUUAACCGUCAUGUAACACACAGUCAACUAUACCUGUCCCUUCAAGUAAGAUUACUCAAUAGCAGCAGGGGAUAGACACAAUUAAGUGAUCUACACUGAGUAGACUUGAAAAUUUUGUCACAUUCACACUGAUUGGCUGCAGUGAACGUUUCACCAUUGAAGUAAAAUCCCUUUGCAGAUUACCUUACAUGAUAUCAUUGUUUGCCUUUAUUUCAGGUUUGUUUACUAACAUUGUAGCUCGAUGGCCAGGAAGUACACAUGACAGCUUCAUGUUCAGGUCCUCAAAUCUAUGUAGCUACAUAGAGGAAAAUCAUCACUCACUGGAUGAUGGAAUUCUCCUCGGGGACAGUGGGUAUGCAUUGCGCCCAUUUAUGAUGACCCCGUAUAUCAACCCAAGCACCCCAGCUCAAGUUGCUUACAAUGAUGCUCAUUGUAAAACAAGGGUAAUCAUUGAACAAACUUUUGGCCGCUGGAAACGUCGCUUUCAUGUUCUCCAUUCUGAAAUUCGUAUGGCUCCAGAAAAAGUGUGCAUCAUCAUUGGUGCAUGUGCUGUUUUGCACAAUAUCGCAAUUUUCCUCAGUGAGCCAAUGGAGGAUGGAGAUGUUGGUGGGGAAGCAAAUGAGGAU